AUAUAUAGGCAUUAUAUAUAUUAUAUAUAUAUAUAUAUAUACAUACGAAAAUAUGCCGGAAGAGCAAAAGGUCACUGGUGCUCCGACGGAAGCAAUGGCGGAAAAUGGAACCGGAACAAACUCGCCUACCAAGAGUCCGGUUAGCAAAGGAAAAAUGACUCUUGCCAAAAUUACCCUUCUAGAUGGUACUAUACGAGAUUUCUACAUCGAUAGAAAGGCGAGAGGGCAAGAUCUUCUCGAUAUGGUUUGUCAAAGCAUGAAUUUGCUGGAAAAAGAUUAUUUUGGUUUUAUCUAUGAAGACCGACAUGAUUCUCGCAAUUGGUUGGAUCUUUAUAAAAGAAUCAUAAAAUUUAUAAAAACUGAACCAUGGAAGUUCAAUUUUGAAGUGAAAUUUUAUCCACCGGAUCCAGCCCAAUUGCAAGAAGAUAUUACGCGUUAUCAACUAUGUCUACAGAUCAGAAACGAUAUUAUUACAGGUCGUCUACUUUGUUCUUUUGUGACACAUGCUCUCUUAGGCUCCUAUCUGGUUCAGUCAGAAAUUGGAGAUUAUGAUCCUGAGGAACAUGGAAGGUCAUAUUUGAAAGACUUUAAAUUUGCACCUAACCAAACACCCGAAUUAAUCGAAAAAGUCAUGGAUCUUCAUAAAACACAUAAGGGUCAAACACCCGCUGAAGCAGAGCUGCAUUAUCUCGAAAAUGCGAAAAAAUUAGCUAUGUAUGGCGUAGAUCUUCAUCCUGCAAAAGAUUCGGAAGGGGUUGAUAUCAUGUUAGGAGUAUGCGCUUCAGGCCUUCUGGUUUAUAGAGAUUGUUUAAGAAUUAAUAGAUUCGCCUGGCCAAAGAUAUUAAAAAUAUCUUACAAAAGGCAUAAUUUCUAUAUUAAAAUUAGACCAGGUGACUUUGAACAAUUCGAAUCUACAAUUGGAUUCAAAUUGGCAAAUCAUAGAGCAGCGAAAAAAUUAUGGAAAGUGUGCGUGGAGCAUCAUACUUUCUUCAGACUUAUGAGUCCAGAACCUGUGAAGAAAGUGGGAUUAAUUCCGUAUUUGGGAUCUCGUUUCCGAUAUUCUGGCAGAACUCAUUACGAAACGAAGAAAACUCCUAUUGAUAGACAACCUCCUCAAUUCGAGAGAUCUUUAAGUGGCCGACGACUCGCAUCUAGAAGCAUGGAUGCAUUAGGUGGGCCUAAAUCAGUUGAAACGUAUGGUUCCGAACCAAGCAAACGGCAUACUAUGAGUUAUGAGCCUGAGACGCUUCCUGAUGAUAUAGAGCAUAUAGACCGACGGCCUAGCCCUAUCAAGAAACAAAAAGAAAAGCUUACACGAAAGACAAGUGCUGGAACAACAUCAGCUAGCAGUACCAGUAGCCUUGAAGGAGAAUAUGAUGCUGAUCGUGGGAGAAAGAAACCGGUCGGAGGAAUAGCUGUCCUACCGCCCGGUAAUCUAUCAAAGAAGAAGAAGGAUGAACAGAAUGAGAAUGAAAAAGAAAAUCACAAUGAUCUGAAUAAUACUGAUUUGAUUAAUGAUAAUGCCCAUGCUGAAAAUAUUGAUGACAAAUCAUUGUCUAAAAAAGAAUUGAAAAAGAAGGAUAAAGAAUCGCCCAAAAAAGUAAAUAAAGAAAAAAAGGAAAAAGUUAAGAGUCCUGUCGGCGGUUUCCUGUUUGCGAAAAAGGAUAAAGAUAAGAAACAGAAAAAGAACAAAGAACUCGAUGAAUCUAUGGACAAAAGUGAUGCUGAAUUGAAUCUUUCUACGGAAAGGCAAGAAAAGGAGAUUGAUAAAGAAACAGAUGUAGAAAAAAAAGAAGAUCCUGCGAAAUCUUCUCAACUUCCCAGUUACACGAAACCUUACGAUUAUGAAGAAACGGAAGCUUCGCCCACGAGAAAACCAAUUACUUCACACGGUUUUACGUAUGAAGAUCGACCCGCAUCGCCAGGAACAAUGCAGAGUCAAUCGUCACCUACAGCUAGUCGGAAAGCUACUGGAUUGGCAUUUAACUAUGCUCCAGGAGGAAAAAAGGUAGCAGAGUCUGCAGAAAAGAGAAAAACAAAAGAAGCGGACAAGCAAGGGUUAAAGACACCGGGCCUCAAUUACGUAGAGUCUGCUGCCCUUAAGGAGCAACAAAAGAAAGUAGGUGCUGAUAAGGAUCAAGCAGAGACUUUCAUUGCUGGUGAACGUCAAGAUAGUACUAAUCUGGCUGUACCAUUAGUGCCACCAGUAUCAGCGGAAUUUAAGCCAGACUAUCACAUUUUGCCUCUUCCUGAUGGUUCGAGAAUCAUCGGAGGUAUGAUUUAUACUAAAGAGGGUAAAUUAUUAGAUCAAAGCAAUCUUGGACCAUACGGUAGCAAAAUAAUAGACGGUAAAGUCUGCGGGAAAGAUGAUAAGUUGCUGAAAAAAGCCGAUUUUGGACCACACGGAGUUCAUGUCAGCAACGGUCUAAUAACCGGGAAAGAUAACAAGCCUAUGCAUCAGGAAAUAUUAGGUACGGAUAGAAAUUCAAUAAAGAACGGCAUUAUUUAUUCUUCCAACGGUGAAAUAGUAAAACAGUCUUUCCUCGGACCAAAUUAUUCAUUGGUAAAAGAAGGAAAAAUACUAUUGAAGAACGGCAAACCGGUUCAACAUUGUCAAUUAGGUACGGAUGGAAUGUACGUGAAAGAAGGUCUCAUCUUUACAUCUAAUUCCAAACCUAUGACUCAGGGAUCAUAUAAUACAGACGAAAAAUACAUAGUUGCCGGUAUAGUAUAUAACGAAGAUGGCAAACCUUUGACGCAAAUUGCAAUUGUAUCUGAUGAUACAUUUAUCUGCGAUGGUUUAAUUCACGGACGAGAUGGAAAAUUGCUUAAUGCCGGGAAAUUAGGUCCAGAAGGUUAUAAUAUUACGGAAGGAAAAAUUUACUCGAAAGACGGCAAACUGAUCAAGCAUGAAUCUUUCAGUUCUGACGGAUCUAUCAUAAAGGACGGAAUAAUUUAUUCGAAAGAUGGAAAGUUCUUGAUUCAAGGAUCGCUGCUACCGAGCGGUGCUCACCUAAAAGAUGGAAAAGUGAUCGGUAAAGAUGGCAAGUCUAUCAAACACGCGUUUUACAAAUCUAAUGGUAGUUUUGUGAAAGACGGUAUAAUAUAUGGAGAGAAUGGCAGAGCCCUAAAUCAAAUUCCAUUAAUAGUCGAUGGUCAUUCUAUUAAAGAUGGAUUAGUGUACAAUAGAAAUAAUAAACCACUAUUCCAAGGUCUUUUUAAGCCCGAUGAUCUUGUAAUUAAAGAAGGUAUAUUGUACAAUGCAGACAAUACAUUAAUGUCAAAUACUAAUAUUGGCCCUGAAGGAUCAGUGAAGGAUGGUAUUGUUCUAGACAAAGACGGUAAACCAGCAAAACAGGAAUUGUUUGGUUCGAAUGGAAGCUAUAUAAAGAAAGGUAUUAUUUAUGCGAAAAAUGGAAAGUUGCUUAAUCAAGAAUCGUUCGUGCCCGAAGGUGCAGCUAUUAGAGAUGGCAAGAUAUAUAACAUGGAUGGUAAAUUAUUAAAAUUUUCAUUUUUUAAACCGGAUGGUAGUUAUGUCAAAGAUGGUCUCAUUUAUGGCAGUGACAAUAAACCAUUAAAGUUGAAUGCAGCUUUACCGGAAGACAGCUUUAUUGUUGACGGAGUGAUAUUCAAUCAUUUGGGAAAACUUUUAAACAGAGAAUCGUUUGGAUCUGACGGCUCAUACGUAGCGGGUGGAUUGGUUCGCGGAAAAGACGGCAGGAUUGUGUCGCAAGGCGUAUUUGGUCCUGAUGGUAAUACAAUUCGAAAUGGUAUUAUUAUAGGUAGAGACGGCAAACCUUUAACGCAAGAUGAUAAAGGUCCAGACAAUAUAGCGGUCAAUAACGGAAAGAUUGUAGAUAACCACGGAAAUCCGAAGAAUUUACCCUCGCUGAUACCUGACGGAUGUUACAUACAAGACGGAGUGGUCUAUGACAAAAACGAACAAUUGCUGAGACAAGGUGCGUUCAAGUCUGAUGGAUGUUACAUUCGAGAUGGUCUUAUUUACGGCUGGGGAGGCCAACUGCUGAAUGCAGGCUCUGAAUUACCUGGUGAUAGUUACAUUGAAGAAGGUAAAAUAUACGGCAAAGAUGGGAAACUCUUGAAUCAUAGUUCGUUUGGCAUCGAAGGUAGCUUCAUCGAAAAUGGUAUUAUUUACGGAAAGGAUAGAAAACCGCUCGGUCACGGUACGUUUGGAAAUGAUGAUAAUUAUAUUAGAAACGGUUUAUUAUAUGGGCCAGAUGGAAAACCGUUAAAUAAAAGGCGGAGCGUAAUUAACAUUACGUAUGUUCGUUAUGGCUUAGUGUGCGACGAUAAUGGAAAGCCACUCAAGUUCGGGAAUUUUGAUAAUGACGGUAAUGUAAUCAAGAAUGGCAGAAUUUACGAUCCCGCAGGAGGAUACUUCAACCAAAAUAUUUAUGGUCACGAUGGUAACUUUAUUAAAGAUGGUCUAAUUUACGGGCGCAAUGGAAAGCCUCUCUCCCAAGGUGCUUUACCACUGGAGAGUAGUUACGUAAAAAGCGGCAAGAUUUAUGAGGCAAAUGGUCAGCCGCUGACUCAAGAAGCAUUUGGGCCGGAGGGUCUAAAAGUUAUACAAGGAAUUGUGAUAGAUAAAACGGGCAAACCAAUGAAACAAGGGAAUUUUGAUACUGAAGGGAAUGUCGUCAAAGAUGGGAUAAUUUGCACAUCUAAUGGAAAACCGCUCGACAAACAUUUUACAAUGAUUAUCACCAUGGUGCAUAAGGGACUCGUAUGUGACAAGAAUGAAAAACCGAUCUUACGAGCACCGUUCGGGACCGAUGGUGGUUUCGUUAAGGACGGCAAGAUACAUGACAAGUUGGGAAAAUUGUAUAAUCAAGAACACUUUUCUGAGGACGGAUCGUACGUAAAGGACGGUGUGAUAUAUGGAAACAAUAACCAAUUGCUGAAUAGCACGACGAUUCUGAAAGAUUUACAAGAGCCACCAAAAUCCAUUUCUGCGAAAUUGAAAAAACCUGCAAUUCCUACUACGACACCGACAAUCGUGAAAACGACAACCAAGCAAUCUGUAGUCAAGGAUCAGGAAGGUGUAACGCAAAAUAUUCAGAAAAAAGUUGAGGAUCUUACACCGGGUGGCACAGGCCAAGUCACAGUAUCUACUCACGUUAACAAGGCAGAAGCAUCUGAUGAUGGUAGAACUCCAUAUAUGACAGCAACAGCUGUCACUACACGUACUGCUACGAUGCAUGAGGAUCUUGAAAAGAAUCAAAAAACAAGUCAGGUAGAAGAAAAGACUGUAGCACAUACAACCGCGACUAGUGCAACGAGGCAGGAGCAACGAGUAGUGACACAAGAGGUUCGAACCACGAGUCAUGUGCUUUCUGGCGAACAGCUGUUCUCACGAAGACUAAGUACAUCGAGUUCAAGCAGCGGAGAUUCAGGCACGCCAAUUGAUCUUGACGAUGACCAACAAGCUUUCUACAAUCAAUAUUAUCAGGGAGACCCAGCCGUGAUUGCAACUGAGAAGCAUGUUUAUAUGGGAGAACCAGAGAACAAUGUGACGACGACGACUACGGUACCCGUAGUGACAACCGAAACGAGAAAAGUAGCUCUCGAGAGUGAAGAUGGUAACUAUAGCGCCACAGGAGAAAUAGUCAGCACACAGACCAUAUCCAGUAAAACCCGUACCGUUGAAACUAUUACGUAUAAAACGGAGAAAGAUGGUGUAGUGGAGACACGAGUGGAACAGAAGAUAACGAUACAAUCGGAUGGUGAUCCGAUUGAUCACGAUCGAGCUUUAGCAGAGGCGAUACAAGAAGCCACUGCUAUGAAUCCGGAUAUGACAGUAGAAAAGAUCGAAAUACAGCAACAGACAGCGCAGUAAUUAUUUGAAAAUUAAUCAUCGUGUAAAAGGGCACUCUUGGUCUAUAAAUAGCACGAACAUUUGUUAUCUUAGAGACUAAGAAAAUAUAUUAGUAUUUAUAAUAUAUAUUUUAUGUUGCACGCUUUGCCGAAUGUAUCAUGAAAAAGACAGAAGAAUGCUACCAAAAAUUGAUAAAUCUUUAAAUAUUCUAUGAAGUUAAUAUAUAAUAAAGCAAGGAACAAUAUUAAUACAAAUUAAGCUUUGUACUUUCUUCCGUUAAAAGAGUCAAAGAAAGCUUUUGCUUAUGUCUUGUCCAAUGACUCGAGCUUAAAUUGAAGACAAAAUCGACUUUGAUAGUUGGAAAUAAUGAAAUAUUGAUGAAAUCUUUUUAAUGGAGAGAAUAAUAUCUCGUAUUAUAACUACAGUGUUCAUAUUGAAAUAAUUAAGAAAAUAUAUUUAUAUGCACGAGAGUAUAAAUAAAU